GCUAACGAGCUGCUGCUCAGUGGCAGGAAGUUGACGGCUCAGGAGGCGUGUUCUAAAGGUUUGGUGUCUCAGGUUCUUUGGCCGGGAACCUUUAACCAGGAAGUGAUGCUACGAAUCAAAGAGCUGGUGACUGUUGACCUGCUGGUUCUGAGGGAGUCCAAAGCUCUGAUGAGGAACAGCAGCCGCAGUGCUCUGGAGCAAACCAACGAGCGCGAGUGUGAAGCUCUGAAGAGAGUGUGGGGCUCAUCACAGGGGACAGACGCCAUCCUGCAGUACCUGCAGAGGACCACUGAGCUCUGCUAGAACAACACCUGGACCUGGACCUGGACCUGGACCUGGACCUGGACCCGGUCCUGGUCCUGUGACUCAGUGGAUUUUAAACUGACACUUGUUGUGACUUUUAACUUAUAAUUUGUGCUCUUAUGUUUGAUUCCACCUCCAUUUAAUCUAAUAGGUGGAGUUUAUGGGCCACGCCCCCUGGCCACGCCCCCUGGCCACGCCCCCUGACGUUUCCUGCAGAGACAUUAAUCAGGAAACAUGAAAUGAAUUGUUUAUCAUUGUUAUUAUUUUAUUUACAGAUGAAGUGUAACUCUUUAGCUCCACCUCCAGUCUUUAUGCUAAGCUAGGCUAGACUAACACAGAUGAACUGGAACAUGUGACUCUGAGGUGACUGUACCUUUAAAUACAGGUGACCUCUGACCUUUUCCCAGAAACCCCUCUGACAAAUUACUAUGUGGACAAUAAACAGGAAGUGGACGAUAAA